CUCCGCGCGGAGUGGCCAACAAGCGACCACGGCGAUUCCAACAAAUCCGAGCAGCAAUCGCAUCGAAAUGGGUGCCACGGCCUCGUGCAAGAAAACCUCCGGCAGUGGCUAUCCGGAGCACGAUGAUCCCAGCUACCGCAAGUGCCAGGAGCUCAAGAUGGAGCGCUGGAUCCAGAUGCAUUACCAGAUCAAGCAGCGGGAACAGGCACUGGCCAUCGCCCACCAUCGGGAGCUCUUCUACUGGCUGAGCGGAUUCUACCUGAGUGCUGUGUACGGCUGCGCCAGUUACUACCAGAGGGUCAGGAGGGUAUCCGCGCUGGCUCCGCUCCUGCCGCUCACCUUCGUCGUGGGUUACUAUACGGACUGGGCCUACGGCAGCAAGAUGCAUCGCAUUCAAGCGGAGGCCAACAUGAUAAUGGAGCACGAGCAGGAGCUGCUCCACUGGCCAGGUGGUCUGCCCACUGUCGCCGGAAUCGAUGAGGCCCGCGUGGAGACCGAAAUGGAGAAGAAAAUGCAUCCGCACCACAUGUAGAGGCAAAAGGCUGCCCCUCUCCCCGGUAGCCUGUAGGCGGGAUUGGGUUCUCGUGCUCAGGUCCUCGUUCAAAAACACACACACACACAAUCCACAAUCAAUAGGAUUUGGCCCAGAGUUUCAGAAAUUUGUAAGACCCCUAGCUAGAAUUGUAUAUUUUUUUGGCAUAAACAGUGCUGCUGAAUGCUGAAAUGUGGGGACCAUUCAAUUACACUUCACAACACUCACCAGCAUUCAAAUUACGUUUCACAGCUCAUUACGCACCAUUUUAAAAUUUCUUACAACGAAAAGCCAUGCAUAUAUCAUUCGACACAUCUAAAUCCAAUUUAUGCGAAAAUGUUCAGCAUUUUUAAAUUGAAAUCACAAUUUAGACAAAGGCUGCCAGAAAAUUUAUUUGAAAUAAUUGUAGCUAGCAAAAAGGCACCAUCAUAUCAUAUAUUGUUCCAAAGGAGCACUACUUUCACCAAGUUUAACAUUUUUUGCACAGAACCCCAGCCAGCCUACAGCGCCAGAUAGCUCAAAUAUAGGCCUAUAUAUAUAUAUAGAUAUAUUUAUAUUAUAUAUAUUUAUAUUCAGAAGUCCUCCAUAAAGACCAUUUACUUAGCCGCAGUUUACUCGCUCUUUCCAAACUCUAUCUAUCUGUGUGUGACGCGCUUUACUUUUUCAGCAAUUUUUUGAGACAAUACUCCU